AUGGACGGAGUGCUCGCCCCUUGGCCAGAAGACUAUGACGACGAUGAUGAAGGGGAUGAUGCAUAUGACGAUGAUGCAAUGGCGGGCCUGGAACAUUGUGACAAUGAAGUGUCAGAGGAAAGUGUUGCAGCAUUUUCAGAGUUGCUGAGCGCCAUUCCAGAAGAACACAGGAAAGUAGUCUUUUCCUCGGCGUGGCGAUUGCACAAGACAUGCACCCAACACAUUCUUGAUAUCUUUUGUGAGUACGGAGAGAAACAUGGGGGUCCGCUCAAGGACUUGAAACUGUUUGACAGUCGAACAGGAGAACAUCAUGAAAGCCGGCAAAUAGAGAUUGCCAGGUGGGUGAUGGAACACGCAAAAGACGGCAUCGCUGCCUGGGUAGCCCUAGACGACAGAGGGAGUAUCCUUAAAGAGCCAAGGUACUUGCAUCUUUUCAAGGGUCAUGCAGUGGUGACAGAAAAACACGUUGGACUCACUUCUGAUGAUGUAAAAGAUGCCCUGGAUUUGGUGAAACAUCAACUGCUUGGUGAGCUCGCGUGA